CAACCAUGUUCAAACCGUUCACAACCCCCGUCUCAUCGAGGUUAGCCUCUUCAGGUGCCGUUAUACUCAAGAACUUUGUCCGUGGAAAGAGACAGUCCAACCAAUCUGCAUCGACCAAAAAGGUGGUCAACCAAUUAUCUGCAUUAUCUGCCAGUAGAAAACAGCCAAAGUUGUUGAACUUGUGCAACGAAGAUUUGAUAAAGCACAAAACUAUCGUGAAUGCUUGGAACUUAUUUAAGAGAAAGGUCCAGCAGAGAAAACACUUGCAAUUAAAAAAACAAUAUAAGUCCAUCUACAAUGCCAUGGAAGACUUGAAACAAACUAGUCCCAAGUUGUUUGAGUUGGCCAACGCUCAGCAGGAGGGCAAGAGAUUCCCAUUGGAAAUGAGAAUACCUACUGACUACCCACCAACCCAGCCUUGGGUCUACAACUACUCUCCAAAGAAUAAGCAGUAGAUGAAAGGAGAAUAGAAACUCAGAUUGUUGUAUGUGUUCAACUUCUUACUCUUCUGCUCCUGUAGCUAUAUAUCUAGCUAGAAUCCCUAGCGGACCCCAUGUACAUAUAGACCCACCGCUUCUGUUCAGAUGAUUCAGAUAGUUUUAAUAUACAUUAAUUCAUUACG